GAAGCAGGCGGCAAGCAAGCAGCUCUGGAGCGGGAGUUUCGUCCGCCCCACGCGCCAAGAAGCUCCUCUGCCGCCCUCGAGGUCCCAGGAGCACAGGGGGCCGCCACCAGACUCCGGAGGAGGCCCAGCUCCGAGGGCAGGGAAGGUGUUCUGAGGGACGAGGAGCAGCAGGAGGUGGCGGCAGCAUCAGUUCCAGCCCUGGCAGGGGGAACCAUCAUCCAGCGAGCCCUGGUCCUAACCCCGGCAGGCCAGCCUGGUGGUGGGCGGGGACCUCGGUGGUUGCCAUGUCUCCUUGGAGCCCACCGGGCAGAGGUGGUGGCCUUAGUCCUGCUGGCAGCAGCCUGCCUUGGCUAUGAGGAUGGGCAGUGGCGGGUCCUCGGGGAGGGAGGAGCGGCUGCCCUCAGCUGCCGAAGAGCAGCUGAGCGGCGGGGAUCAGAUGCUGGAGCUCUCGGGGCGCCACUUGAAGAAACUGCCCUUGCCAGUCUGUGCCCUGGGCACCCUGCAGAAGCUGUACAUCAGUGGCACGGGGAUAACGGAGCUGCCUGAGGAGAUCGAAGGGCUGCAGGAGCUGCGUAUCCUGGCCCUGGACUUCAACAAGCUGGAGGAAGUGCCGGAGGCCCUGUGUCGCCUGCCCAACCUGACCCGCCUCUAUCUGGGCAGCAACCGCCUCUUUGGGCUUCCCGCAGAAUUCUGCCAGCUUACCACUCUCCGUUGCCUGUGGAUCGAGAGCAACUACUUGUACCACUUCCCUCGGGUUUUGCUUCAGAUGCCUUGGCUGCAGUCCCUGCAGAUGGGAGACAACCGGCUCAAAACACUGCCCAACGGCCUGCCACGCAUGAGGGGACUUCGUGGGCUCUGGCUGUAUGGGAACCGCUUUGAGGAGUUCCCCAAGUCUUUGCUCCGCAUGACGCAGCUUCACAUCCUCGACCUUGACCGCAACAAGCUGACUGAAUUCCCUGACCUGAGCCACCUGCGGAGGCUUCGGCUCUUCUCCUACGACCACAAUCCAGUGGAAGCACCACCCAAUGUGGCUGACACAGUGCUGGUAGUGGGCGAAGGGGCUCAGGAGUUUCUGGAGGCUAGGGAGGAACGUCUCCAGGCCCUUCGGGAGCAGGAAGAAGAAGAAGAGCAGGAGGAGAAUGAGUCUGAAGUUCUGCAGGCCCAGAUGAAAAAUGACUCCUCCAUGUUGGAUGAUGGAGAGGGAAGUUACUGUGCCCAGGAAUGUUCUCCAGAGGAGACAUGAAAGGCUACAACAAUUAAUAUGGCUGCUGCUGUAAAAAUAAAAAUCUGAUGGAUGUU